AUGAUGGAGCGUGUUGAGCAAAGGUUCGGGCCCUGCGGUUGUCGAGCUUUGCAACAUGGGUUUGAGGCUCAUGGAAGACGAGUGCUAGAGGAGCAUCAGCAGUGGGAAGGUAGUGAAGCUGGGUUUGAGGGUGAGUUGAAGAUAGCUGGCAGUGGACAAGAGCAGAAGGGUGUAGGCAACAUGAACUACACAGGUUGGAGUAAAGAGUUGGUGGCAUGUUCGAGCACCGGUUUUGAGGACUUCAACAGGUUUGCUGCUCGUGGCCAGUGGUUCAUGGAGUAUGUCAUCCCGGCGUUGUGCUUGAUGCAGAGGAGCAGUGCAGACAAAGCAAUGUGUUGGCAGUUGAUAGCAGUUGCAACCGCGGAGGACGAGAAGCAAGUUGUUCAGACAUUGGUGCAAGCAGUGGCAGUGCAGAGUACAUUGCUUGGCAUUGGUGUGUGCAACAUUGUGCAGCAGUUGUGGGGAGCCAUGGACGAACCUGGACUUUCUGCUUGGCUUGAAGCCCUGCCUGCCGUUGUUGUUGAAGAAGCACCUCAUGGAACAGACCGCGAAGCUGGCAAUUCAUCUGGUGAGGGCCAGCCACAAGAAGAGCCAAUGUUGGCAGCCGACGAGGCUCCACUUGAAGUGAACUUUGAAGUUGGCGGCUUGCCUGGCGAUGGGCAGGCACGUGGACGACAGGUGCUGGACAAAAGUCCGAUCUUCACUGAGAAGGAGCGCGCAAACUAUGAGAGGACAAUCUUUGAGCAGAGCUUGACAUCGAUUGGCGCAGGGAUGCCUGCCUUGCCAUGGGAGCAGGGCAUCUUCAAGGAGAUUUUUGGAGAAGCAAAGUCGGACAACUUGCCCACGCUCGAGGACCUAGUCGCUUAUCCAGCUGGAGCGGCCCCUGGAUCGUCAGAUGACGCAAGACUGAAAGUUGAGGUCACAGGUGUCACAUCUUCUUUGCCUGGAGACAUGCCGCUAUAUGCAAAGCAUAUCAAAGCGCUGUGUGACAGAGAUUAUGCAGCAACGUUAGAUCUCACCUGGACUAAAGCUUUGGCAAGUUGGUUGAUUGUUCUCGAGGACUGCAACUUCGAAUCGUCAGUUGGUCACUACGUUCAGGAGAAGUUGCAGGCCAUGGACAGGGAAGGUGCCUUGCUGUGCAUCAGAGAUGCGUGCGGGGUGCGUUCACCCUCCACCGUGUUGAAGAGGGCUCGAGACUUGAUCCUUUUCGUGAAGUGGUGCGAAAAGAAUGACCUGCGGUGGUGGCCCAUCAAGGAGCGGAACCUUCUCGACUACUUGCAGGGCAAGGAGGACGAGAAGCGUAGCAAGUUCAUCGGCAAGAACCUCAUCCAUGCUUUAAAGUUCUUCAAGUACAUCAUUGGAGCAGAGUUCAACAUCGAAGCUGUGCUGGGUCCAAUGUUGACCGGGAAAGUGAGCAGAGUUCUGGCGACCAGAGACCCGACUGAACAAGCUAGGCCAUUGACAGUGGCAGAGGUGUUGAGGCUUGAGGUCAUGCUGGACACAGUCAAGAACAAGUAUGACAAGUACUUCAUCGGGUGCAUCCUCUAUGCCAUCUACUCUCGUUCGAGAUGGAGCGCCAUGGCCAACAUCCACCACUUCUUCUUCGAUGUGAUAGACACAAGUGAUGGCCCCUUUGGAUUCGUGGAAGCCAGAACCAGAAUCCACAAAACUUCGACCACUGCAGAAAGGAAAGCGAUGUACAUGCCGUAUGUGGCCUCAGUGAAUGGCAUAGUACGCGGUUUGUUGGGGCAUCAUUCUCUGAAAGAGAAUAGUGUGGCAUGCUACAGUCGGGACAUGUUGAGCCAGCCCAUGCGUGAGCUUUGCGCCAUGGUCUGCAACAUCAAGCUUGGGAACUUCGUACCAGACGGGACGCGCUCUGGGUGGAUGGUGCGAAAACAGGCACCGUUGUUUGAGCCACAUGCACCUGGUGACGAUGAGGCAGAUUACUUUGGGAGUCCGUCGGUUCUGGAGGGUGAGAAAGAUGUUUCUGCCGACACCGGCUUUGACCCGAACAACCCCUUCGGAGAGCCUGAACGAUCUGGCAACGCUGAAGAGCACAACGAAGAGCCAGAAGAAGGUGCUCGAGAUGACGGAGACGAAGAUGGCGAAGACUUCGUGGAGAGCGCCAGUGAGAGUGAAGAUUCGAGCGCAAGUUCCGACAACGAAGAAGAGCUGCACAAAGAGAAGGCCAGCGUCAUCGAGAGCGGCUUGGAGCCAGAGGUAAAAGGGCCUUUGAUGCAGAACAAGAGGAGCUGCAUGCUGCACACGCAGAACCCUGACCCGAAGAACCAUUUGCAGCCUGUUACGUCAUGUGGACUCCAUGGCAUCGGUUUCACCGUCUUGGCUGAGGGGUCGAUCUUUAGCUGGCCCAAAUGCAGCAAGUGUUUCAAAGAUGCUGACAACAAGUCGGUGAUAGAUGUAGUCAACGCCAGCAAGCGUCGGCCUACCAACCUCACGGAGAGCGCUGCAGCGUUUGAAAAGCAGGCCGCGAACUUGGGGCUGGAAGAUGGUUGGAUUCAAGCUUUGAAGAAUGCCGGGGUCACAACAUUGGGGCGGUUGGCCUUCAGUUGUGGUCAGCCUGGGACGCCAGUCAACGAACAAGACGUUCGCAACCUGAUGACGGCAAGUGACCCUGGUGGCAGGAUUACGGUUGGGGACCUUGCAACAAUGAGGAGGUUGAUCUUCGAAGCACAAACUGCCGUAGUUGCCUUGGCCAGAUCUCAAGCCGACCCGAAUGCUGAUCCAACCUUGAGGAAAAUGCCACCGGCAGAACGGAGCUCACGCAUCGCCAAUCAACGUGUGAGGCUCCAAGGAUUGUCAAUGGAAGGGAACAUGGAGGUGGCUCACCAGGUCUAUGACCAGCUGAAUGGAAUGAUGGAGGCUGACACCUUGAAGUACCUGGCACCGUCGAAGUGCAUCACGCGGAUGCAAGAGAUCACUUCAGCAAAGCCACCCAAAGAGUUGAAGCUGGACACCAGUGGCACUGGAAUUACGGUCAAAGACUCAAUUACAGAGCAGCAAUGCUCAACUGGCACAGAACUGGACCUGUUGGAGGCCAUGAUGCGCCGGAGCCUUGCCUUUGAUGCAAUGGGUUUGGUCGACUUUCACAUCUUCCAGAAAUGGAUUCAAUACCUCUUCAACUUGAUGCGUCAGCCUCCGCCGCCAAACUUCAAGGCACCCACGUUGACACAGUUGCUCAGGGCAGACCGUCAAGCAUUUGUUCGACUUCAGGAGUUGAGCCGCGACGGCAUCAAACCCCACGCAGAUGGGACUCGGCCUUUGGACGCUUUGAUCGACAACCUCCCCAAGGACCACACAGUCGUGUACUACAUGCUGCCCACAGCCCAGGAGAAGACGCGCCCAAAGCCUGCGAAGCCGGCAACGCAGAAAACAGAAACUGCGUCAUGGAAGAACUGGAGCAACGAAAAGAGUUCUUCAUGGAAGAGUGCAAAGCAGACACAAUGGAAGAAGGGCAGCGGCAAAACUGGUGGAUCCGGGAAGUUGCCCUACCAGUUGAAGAAUUGUGCCUCGGCCACGCCAGAAGGCAAACGGUUGUGCUUCGCCUACAACAUCGAUGGUUGUGACAAGGCAGCAGCAGGUGGCCUAACGGCCCAACUGCGAGCGCUUGGCUUGACCUCCAGCUAUGGAGUCGAUCGAGUCGUGAAACCAAGAUCCAAGUGCCCCAUCGUCAAGGUUGACCUCACAACUCCACAUGGCGAAGCACUUGCCAAGAGCUGGUUAUCGAAUCCACUCUGUGCUUACGCGCAUUGGGGCAUCCCUUGCGGUACUGCAUCUCGGGCUCGCGAGAUCGACCUCAACGAUGGAGAAUAUCAGCCACAGCCCUUGAGGAAUGAUGCAUACCCUGAAGGUCUCCCAUGGCUGACAGGAGACGAUGCAGAACGAGUUCGGCUAGCAAACAAAGUGUACGAGGUCUCUUGUCGCUUGAUUCUGUUUUGCCACUUCAACAACAUCAGAUGGUCGCUAGAACAACCAGAGCGAUCCAUUUUCUGGCUGACCAAAUUUUGGAGAAUGGUUUUGCAGCAUCUCACGCCCAUCUACGUCGUGUUCAGUGCCUGCGUGUACGGUGGCAGCCGACCCAAAAGAACUGCGAUCGCCACCGACAUCAAAGAGCUGCAGGAGUUGGCAUGUGACUGCACUGGAAAUCACAAACACUUGCCAUGGGGCCGAACAAAAACAGGCUUCGCGACAGCUGCGGAGGUUGAAUACCCGUUGGAGUUAUGCAAAGCUUGGGCAGCGGCCGUUUUCCGUAGCAUCUCCAAACAGUUCGACCUUGAGCAGUCCGUCCUGCCGGCGCAUCCCGACAAGAAAGCCAGGGCAAGUACAGUCAAACAAACUCGUAAGUCCCUGGCAUUUAUGCAAGAUUACAGCCAUGUUGAAACAGCACGUUUCCAGAGAGCACCAAAGUUUCGUGUUGGCUCCAAGCUGCCUGCCACCCUUGGCGCCGACGAUGCCACCUUGCCAGCAUAUGCCCGCAUCCUCCGCAUCUCCCAGAUCCCUUCUCACCAAGACGGGGGGAAGAGCAGUGAGAAGGCAACCAUGUUUGAAGUGGCAUUUGGCGUUCCAUGGAGUGAAGAAGCAUUCAUCAAAGAAGCGCUACUCAGGGGGCACCCAGUGCACCUGUUCGAGAGUUUGCACUCCAACCUCUCCAAUGCCAUUCGUAGCAAUGUGAACGAAAAGCCCGAAAAGAUCGUGACCGACAGAGCAGCAUGGUUCAAGAAAUGGACUCGUAGAGCGCUGGAGCUCAGAAAACAAGAAGCAGACCUGCACAAGAAGAUGCCUAGCCAUAGAAGACAGAUCCUCGAAGGAAAAAGGAUCUUGCUGCUCAGGGAGAUCAUUGAGGACAUGAACUACCCGGACCCCGGCAUUGUGGAUCUCAUCGAGAAGGGGUUCGCAGUCGUUCAAGGAGGCAAAGUUCGACCCAUCGACAACUACUCUGAGAGCCAAGUCAAUGAUGCCGUCAACGUCACAAGCAAGUGCACGGUGGACGGAACGGAUUGCAUCGCUGCCAUGAUUGCCGAGUACAUGCGCCUGUGCGAGGUCAAGUCUGUGAACCCCGAGUUGCUUGGCAGAAGUUUCGACUUGAAGAGUGCAUACCGGCAGCUGGCGGUCUCAGACUCUUCUUUGAAGUGGGCACGGCUGGCCGUCUACAACCCGAGCCUCAAGAUCACCGAGGUGUUUCAGCAGCACUCUUUGCCGUUCGGCGCCAAGGCGUCUGUGAUUGGAUUUCUCAGAUGCGCCAGGAACACAGACCAGUCGUUCUGCCUCUUGCUGGACCUGUUGGGAUGGAGAUAUGACGUGAGUGGCGAGAAGUCUGACAGCAUGAGCCACGAGAUCUCCGCGCUGGGGGUGAUGGUUGAUCUUUCCGAGACCUCAGAGGGUAGAGUCAUGGUUCGCAACACGGAGAAGCGGAAGCAGGACCUCUCGAACCAGAUCGAUCGUGCCCUGUCGAGCCGAAGGUUGACCACUCAUGAAGCAACUUCUCUCAAAGGCCGCUUGGGAUUCGCAGAAGGUCAACUUUUUGGACGGGCGACCAAGCGAUUGAUCAAUGUUCUUGGCCAGCAUGUGUUGCGCCCUCCGAAACGUGGAGUACUGAGCGAUGAAACGGUGAGCGCCAUGCUUCAAGUCAAGGGACGGUUGUUGAAUGCCCAGCCUCGUCUCGUGAAAGCUGAUGUGGGAGACGUUUUCUUCUUGUUCACGGACGCUUGCUUCGACUGUGAAGCCAAAGAGGGUGGUGUCGGUGGAGUGUUGAUCGACCAGACUGGUUGUGUAGUGAGCUGGUUUGGUGGAGAAGCAAGCCGCGACUCUUGUGAAUCCUUCAUGGCUGAGGAUCAGGAGCAGGCGAUUGGAGAACUUGAAGCCUUUGUUGUCCUAGUCGCCUUCCGAGUGUGGCAGGACCUGGUGCGGUCCAAACAUUUGUUGUGUUUCAUCGACAAUGAAACCGCAAGGUAUUUGAUUUUGAAGGGGUAUUCCAAGAACCCGGUUCUUUGCAACAUCGUGCACCACCUCGCCAAAGUCGAAGAGGAGUUGUUCGUUUUGCCAUGGUACGCUAGAGUGCCUUCAGAGUGCAACAUAGCUGAUCCACCAUCAAGAUCGGUGCCUCACGAAUUGUUGCCGGAAACCUCAAGGGUUCCUAUGCCAGACUUGAGGUCAGUGCUGGAUGAAGCGAGCAAGCCUUUGAGCGCCUCCUGA